AUGCAGGCAACCAAUGAGCUGACUGAAAAUCAGAGAAAAACAGUGGCUGAAUGUUUUGAACAGUUAGAGAAAUAUUUAAAUGAUAAUUGUAUAAGAAAUUUUGAUUAUUCAUUAUUUAAUAAUAUAAAGCUCAUUGGAAAGGGAGGAUCUUCAACUGUUUACUCAGCAAAUUUUCAAGAAAAAGCUUAUGUUCUGAAAAAUCUAAAUCAUAAUCUAAUAUUAGACAAGACAAUUAAAAUAUUCAUUAAUGAGAUUAAACUUCUCGAUAAGCUGAGUAAGGACAAUCAUCCUAAUAUUGUGAAAUUCUAUGGAAGUUCAAAAGUUUUAGAAAAUAAAAGAGAGAAAAGUAUUGAUAGCACUCCACAAGAUUAUGUUACUCUUUACGAGAAGUGCUGGUCUUAUAGACCGGACCAGCGUCCGACACUACAUGAAAUAUUAUUCAAACUUGAAAAGCUUUCAGAAGAGACCUUCGUCAAAUUCAUUAUAAAUCGAUCUUACGAUAUCGUCAGUGACGGUAGAUUGGAUGAAAAGAAGCUAAAAGAAUAUCAUUACAAUACUGCGUGGUCAAUGGACACAUCUAUUCAUAAAACAAAUCAAGAACAAUAUGAAUUUUUUAAAGCCAAGUAUUCUAACAAUGAAGAUCUUAAUGAGCAUGAAAAAGAAUAUUUAUUAAAUAUUAUUCAAAAAAAAAUUGAUAAUUUAAAAGUCAAUAAUAAUGAAGGUGAAAAGCGUCAGUGUGAAGAUUGCAAAAACUGGAUUCAUGCUUUACAAUACUGUGAGUUUUGCAUAAGAAAUUACUUGCAAAAUAAUUUUUGCGAAUGGACUGGAAACAAUGAAAUUGAUAAGGCAAUACAGGAUGCUCAAAGGGGCGUAAUGGGACCUGAUUUAGUAAUUGAAUUUAUUCCUUAUGCAAGACUCAGAAAUGUACAACACAGAGCUGAGGGUAGUUUUGCUGAUAUCUAUAAUGCUGUAUGGAUAGAUGGCCCUUUUGUUAAGUGGAACGAAAAAGAAAGAAUUCUUGAAAGACUUGGAAAUCAUAAUGUUAUUCUCAAAAGAUUAAGAAAUUCAAAUGCAUCGACUAGCCGUUGGUUUAAUGAGAUUGCAUCUAAUAUUGUUCGAUGUUAUGGGCUGACUAAAGAUUUAACUACCGAGGAUUUUGUAUUAGUUUUAGAUGCUAUGGACUUCGAUUUACAUGAAUAUUUGAAAAAAAAAAUUUCGGCAAUUACUUGGAAGGAUCGGUAUCAAAUUAUAUAUAAAAUAUCAGCUUAUGAUAUUUUCCUUGCUAAUGCUGUUAUACAUGGACUUCGGCCAGAUAUAAUUUAUGGAAUGCCAUUUGAAUAUGAAACAUUGAUGAAGCAAUGUUGGGAUGCGAUUCCAGAAAAUCGACCUGAUGCUAGAACAAUUUAUAAAAAAAUAUACGCAUUGCUAAAAACCUUUUCUGAUAAUAAAGCCGAUAAUAACAUAAAUAGUGUAAUGUCAAACAUAAGUACUCAAACCGAGUCCUCAAAUAUAGAAUAUUUGUCAACUACCCCCCAAUAUUUAUCUUCAGGCCCAAAAAAUUGGUUGAAAGAUAAUCAAGAAAAUUUUUCACCAGAACUAGAGAAUUUGAAAGAAAAGAAAAAAAAAUUUUCAUCAGGCCCGAAAAACUGGGUGCCGAAUCUUUAUUUUUUUGCCAAUUCUUCAGAAGCAAAAAAUUUUACAAAAGGAUACGAGGAAUCAGGUGAAUACAUUAUUAGAAUUAGCAAUAUUUUUCAAAAAGAUUACAAUAAUAAUUAUAUCUCAUUUUACUUUAUUUAUAAUAAAACAUUAGGCUAUUUAAAAACUAAAGAAGAGUUUGAUGAUAUAAAAGCUUCAAAGAAUGAUAAAGAUAACCAACUAGUCGAGCAAGAUACCAUUGAUUUAGAAUUUGUAAAAGUGGAUAAGAAGGACUCUGAUAAUUCUUUAGGAACCCAAAAUACCGAUGAAUAUAUAGUUCUUCCUAAAGAAACUCUUUCAAAUCAGCAAAAAGUUAAUGAAGACUUUAAUGGUACGAAUAAAAUGAUCAGAAUUGUAGAUUUAUCAUAUUUGAUUUUUGCCAAAUUGCACAAUGAAUGCUUUAGCGAAAGAGACAUAAACGAGGAGAUCAAUAAAUACAUUGUUAAGAAUAACGAAAUACCAAGCAACGUAUUUGCUUGGUUAUCUGAUAACAAACAGCAAAAUAAAAAUGACACUGUAAGUUUAGUUAAUAAUACAACUCAACCAUAUGAUAUCGCUACAAAUAAUAAUAUUGAGUUUGGUGCACUUUAUAGCAGCAAAAGAAAACAUAACCAACAAAAUAAGAAUGACACUAUAAUUUUAGUUGACAACACAAUUCAACCAUAUGAUAUCGCUACAAAUGAUAAUAUUGAUGUGGCUGAAAUCAUUAAUUUUAAAGAUACUAACUAUGCAGAACAAAGUACUGAUGUCGACCUUAUGACAACAAAUCUGGAAGCAUCGACAAAUUAUGAGCAUUUCGCUCCGUUAAUUGAUAUAUUUUUAAACCUUGGAGAAGAUAUUGUGACAAUAUACCAAAAAGCAGAACAUAAUAGACGUUUAUGUAAUUUUUUGACUAAGCGAGUGAAUUUGGCUGUGGGUGCAAUAAAAGACUUAGAAAUUCGAAAGCAAAAUAAUAUGAAAUUUUUUGUGGAGCCAUCUAAUCUUCAACUUAUUAAAGAUUUUUUAAAUUGUAUGCUUGAUAUUAGAACAUUUAUGACAGAUGUUUCUCAACUCGGUUCAUUUGUUACCUUUAAUUCUGCUAAUAUUAUACAAAAGUAUAUUGAUUUGUCGAAUAGGUUUGAUGGGUACUUGAUGGAUUUGUCGAAUAGGUUUGAUGGGUACUUUAUGGAUUUGUCGAAUAGGUUUGAUGGGGAUUUAAAUUAUAUGAUGCAACAAUCUGAUAAAAAUGCGAUUCAUCGCGGAAGUCCGUAUGUCGAACCGUCAAAAAAUUUUAAUUUGACUCAAAACAAUGAUAGUUUAGAGUUAAAACAUGAAAUCAAAUUUCUUUUAGAGGAUUUGAAAGAAAUGAAAAAGUUCAUGCGUGAUAUGUCUGAUGGUAACAAUACCUUUACAGAUAUCGUAAGAAUUAGAGAGCUAAUCAACCGUUUUCAACGUGAACAACGUAAAGGCACUGAAAUCACAAUUGAGCCUGCAAACCUUUUAAAAUCAGACGAUUACGAACCUAAAUAUGAGUCUGAACCCCGUGGUAAAACUAUUCAUUGUAGAUGGAAUAAUACGUUCCUUUUAGAAUAUGCAUUUAAAGAAAUUCCUCCGAUAAUUGAUAAACAAACUGAAAAAGAAAUUGGUCAACAAGUUGCUAUUCUUAAAGAAUUAAACAACUCAGGGCACAUUAUUAAGUUUUAUGGAAUCGCAAAGUCUAGUGAUGGUUCACAAUAUUAUUUUGUAACAGAAUGGAUGGAGAAUGGUACUUUACAGGAAUAUUAUAAAAAAUUUAAAUUGAGUUGGACUCAAAAAUUCGAAUUUGCAAUUGAUAUUUGUCGUGGAAUUGCUUUCUUAAAUGCUGUGGAGAUCUUACAUCACGAUAUUAGAGGUGCAAAUAUUUUAAUAAGCGGAAAUCACAAGCCUAAAAUUGCUAAUUUUGGUUUAAGUCGUAAGUUCGGAGAUAUUACUAGAAAUAUUCAAGUAACUUUUGAGAAUGUAAGAUAUAUGGCUCCCGAGAAAUUAGAAAAUGCUCUUUUAUGGGAAAUUGCUGAAGAAAAAGCACCUUAUACGAAUGAAGGAAUAGAUUUGCAAACUAUUCGAUACCGUGUUGUAAAAGAGAAAUAUCCUUUAAGUCACGAUCCAGAUUUUCGUCCAACAAUUUCUAAAAUAUUUACAAUUCUUUUUGAUUACCAUCACAAAGAUGAAAAAAGGCCUCCUCCAUCUGUGGAUGAAUUUGGAACAGAAUUCGUAAUUGAUGAUUUUAUGACUGUAGAUGCUGCAAUUAAAGAGCAUCGAAAACCCGAUGGUAAUAAACGAAAAGCAUGGGAUUGCUUCAACCAAUUCGCUGAACAAGGUGACAUAGACGCAAAAUAUUGGGUUGGUUAUUAUCUAUAUCAUUCUGUCCUUCCUGAACAUAAGGACAAUCGUCAAGAAAAUCUUCAACGUGCUGCAAAAUUGUUUAAAGAAACUGCUGAUUGUGGUAAAGUUGAGGCUCAACUCCGAUAUGGGUUCUGUUUAUGGCAAGGUGAUGGUGUUUCAGUUGAUUGGGAUGAGGCUAUGAGAUAUUUAAAAUUAGCUGCUGAUAAUGGAAAUCCUACGGCUAUGUAUAAUGUUGGAAAUGCUUAUUGGAUUGGAAAGGGAGUACAAAAAGAUCAGGAGAUUGGUUCCAAGUACUUAAAAAUGGCUGCUAUGAAAAAUCAACAUAAUGCUAUUAGUGGAAAUGUACCUAAAAUAGAACCACAUUACAUAAUUCAUGAUAGUGAUAAAAAUCAAAGAAAAGUUGAAAGCAACGAUUCAACAAGGGUAAUGCGUUAG